AUGUUGCAAGCUGAACAAAAAGCCGAGCAACACGACCCAGAAACAGUGCUUCAAUCUGACAGGCUGCCGUCAAACUCUACUCUUUUGAGCCAAACUAUCCUUGAUAAGCUAGUGGGCAAAGAGCAUGGCGAAGCCGCUUAUUAUCACGCACGGUCCCUCACCGCCCUUGACAUCGUUUUCCCAGCCGUGUUUAUCUACAAUCUUUUGGGGUUGUUUAUGAUUCCUAGUAGCUCUAAUUUUCUUCCAGAUUAUCGAAUGAGUAUUCGACCUGAAUCUGGGGCUAGCAUGACAACACCAAGGGUACCCGAACAGUCCCAAAGCUCGCGUCCAGAACGGGGACUCAGCCUUUGCAUGCCUCGACCCACAAAGAAAGCCCAAUACCGACGAUUCUUCCAAUGGAAAAGUAUCAAGAAAAUCUUGGUCAAGUUCUUCGGCUCCAGGACAAGAGUAUUGCCUCAGCCCCAGUCACUCUUCCUCACUCUCCCUCUUGAGAUACGGCACAUGAUCUUCAUGUACGUCUUCGCCUCGUCCAUGAUCCAUGAGCGCGACAACAAUUCACUCUCGACCUGGGACCACCUUCUCCUGAGUUGCCGCCAGGUCAAAAUAGAGAUGGAAUCAAUGCCCGCGCAGCCAAUCAUUUCGCUAGUGAACACGCAUUGGCGAAAGAGGUUUCCCAAUCAUCCGCUCAACAUUUCAGCAGUCACCAAGAACGGAGUAGUACAAGAUUUAGUCGUAGCAAUCCCCCGCGCCGUCUUGCAACCCGCGUACAGGAAGAAGAUAAGGACGUAUAUUCCGGACUAUAUCUCCCCACUCUUUAGAAUUUAUGCGGAUACGCUUACGCUCAUGAUCCACGAUGACGGCAGUCCUCUCGUUAAUAUGAACAGCGUACCGGUCUAUGAACAUAUGCUCCGCCAAAUUCUUUCAACUCUCUGGGCUAGAGAGCGAACACUGCCCCUUCUGGCCAAGAAGUGUCGGGUGAAGAUUUUACCGCCUCCCCCAUCUCGGAACUACUUUAACGCAAAGAAAGUUGUCGUGAAUUGGCAGGGCUCGCUUUCAGGAACAUUGAGGGAACAUUUCAGUAUGCUACUAUGGAUACACCUUCUGUGGAUAGCAUCGAAGCCAUUCAGGAGAGGAAUUCAUCUUCGAAAGCGAAGAUUUGUCCUAGACUGGGUGAGCAGGACGUAUUUCACUAUUGAAGCCGUGAAAAUGAAUGGCUUGGGUUACGAAAAGGGCAGAUUCCACAGACCGUGGGCACUAGGCAUCAAUAUUGAUAUUCCACUAUGUAUUCGUUCACAUGUACCCGUCUUACCGGCCAUCGCACGAAACCAGGUAUUUCAAGGGCUACAGGCAGCCACUAGGAUAAGUUCGGCGGCCAAAUUUGAUGAGACCAGGCUAGGGGUCGAGGAUAGGAGAGUAAGUCAUCGCGGUGGUGUGGGCUAUGCGAGUAUAUUGAGCAUUAGUCUAAAGUCUAAAGAGCCCAUUGAGCUCUGGGCUAACCAAAGACUGAACGAGAGAGGAGCUAGCCACAAUGAGGAAACAUCUCGUGCAACCACUAACAUCACUCUCCUGAAUCUUUUCUACAAUAACUCUUUACCCCCUGAAAUCCCAUUCAAAUUCUUGCUCCUCCAUAUAGGACGCAUCUUCAAGCGACCUGUUGUGUCAAAAGUUGUUAUACCUCAUUGCCCUCAAUUCUCUUCAGCCGAAGAUAUCGUAAUAGAAGAAAGCAUAGGCAAUUUUCCAGACUUAAUGAGAGUAGACAAUGAAAAUCGGCCGUUGUUGAACAGGACAACUGACAAUUUGUACAAUUCAUCUAUUACUAAUCGCUCAGAACAUUGUCGUGGAAAGCUCAAGAACUUUUCAAAAUAA